AUGAAUGUCGACGCUUUUGACUCAAAGCAGCGCUUUAAAGACUCGCUAAGAAUAGCGUAUGAUUCUGGCACAUUUUUACUCGGAAUGAAAGUUUCCUCGUUCAUAGUACUGGUCUACUACACCUAUCUCAAAGAGGACUACGAGAAAAAUGAGAUGGCACGCCAAUACUUCGAGCCUGAAUGUAUGGGAUAUCAGAGUGAUAACUACUGGAUUAUCUCCAACGAUGUAAGAUACAUUCUUUUACAGUACGGAUGUUUGCCUCAAAUAACCAUUAAUCGUUAUAUAAUUAACUUCAUAGGAGAACAUAUGUGCAGAUCAUUAAAGAGAGAAAAAACGAUGUGGAAAAUAAAAUGAUAGAAUGAUAAAUGUUGUGAUACAUACAAACUAAUACCACGCACAGAAUGUGCAUACAUUAUAAAAACGUUUUGGUAUAUAAUUAAUCUAAAAGCAAUGCAAAUCACCAUUAGUUUUGUGGAUAUUGUUGGAUGUCAUAAUCUGAACCAAGCAUAUUGUUUUUUUAGGUACACGUAAGUCAUGGGAACAUAAUCGGUGAAAGCGAAAUAAGAUAUAUCAUGACGGAUGAUACCUUGCAGCCCUACCAGUUGGAAAUUGGGGAGAGCCUUUUUGAUAUUCGGUAUCUGAAAAAAUUUUUGCAAAGGUAUAUAUCAACUUACUGCAACAAUGGUUACUGACUCUGUCAUGUAUAUAUUGUUUAUUAGUCUUGUUACCUUGUAAUGCAGGAAAUAUAAAACAAUUAUCCCAAAUUAUGGUAUAGCCAUGCAGUUUUCAGUCGAAUCGGUAACCAUGCAGUUUUAGAAUUUACGGUUGGUGAGCAAAAUGUUUCCAAAGAAAUAGUUUAGCCUGGAUGAUAACGACUGAAACGGAAAGGUUUGAUGCAAUAUUAUAAGCUAUUUCAAUAAUUUUAUAUUUUUAUAACAGAUUUUAUUCGAUGUCAAUUGGAUUUGGGCAAAAGACUGUUGCAUUUCAGAUGGCAACGGCGUUUACUGUUGGACGCAUCAUUAGGAAUGCUUUGGCCCCUAAGGAUGUCUGGAGUAAGUGUAUAUACAUAUAUACAGACAAAAAGUUGCAUGUCGAGGAAUAACAUGGAGCUAGUACGUGGUCAAUUUUUAAAUCAUUUUCGAAACAACUUUUAUUUUUUCGUCAUUGUCUACAUCCACUAUUUUACUGUUCCAUGUGCAUGCAAUGACAUGGUUAAUUUACCUACUGGUUAAUUUACCUCAUUUGGUUACGUUUAGCCCUGGUUAAUUUGGUUUCAUUUAGUGAUUUACGAAGCAUUAUACUAUAUUUUAUACUCAAAACAUGCAGCCUCGAGCCCUCGAUUCAUGAUUAUAGGCGAGGCAUGAGUGAAUAAUCAUUCCAACUCCAAACCAUACAACAGGUGGGUUUCGUAAUUAGUCCCAGAUCACCAUGUCAAGAUGUAAAUAAAUAUAUCUAUAGUGACCACUGUCUGUAGCUUGGCAUUCAUAGUAUGCCGUCGUGCCGUUCAACCAAUGUAGAAUGUAUGUUAAUUUUCUAGCCAAAAGUAAUGUGGGAAUGAUUUUCUCCGAAACGAAGUGUGUUGGAAAGUCAUUGAGCCUAUUCAUCCUUGGGCUCGGGCAAGGGAUACCAGACCGAGUUCAUAUGAUGUUUUUGAGCGGAGGCAACCAAAUGAUGUGUGGAACUUCCAUGUCUGUAAUAAGUCUUAGUAUAUAACUUACACACUUUCGUGCAUAUAGGAUUUAUGGCACAAGGAAGAGGCUAUGUAGAUGAAUAA